GUGUGCAUGCUGGACUAGUGGUAGACCAGGUAGACACCGACUCGGCAGGAUUGGCGAAUCUUGCGCUCCGGAGGUUGUUUGCGGCUCUCGCCUCCAUCCACCUCCCCCAUCCGGGCCUUGCUUGAGGGACACUCUACCGUAGCCGCUAUUUACAUAGGUCAGACAAAGGCGGGGGCGGGCGGCAGAAGGCGUCGGACGCACAGCGAAGCCAAACAAAUCUUUGGUUCGCCAUGGCUGCCGAGGAUGAAAAUAUCGAAAUGGAUUUCUUGGAUGGUCCAACAGUGGCCCAGGUGGCAUUGAGAUCUGCCAGCUUUCGCAUGGCCACCAGCAAGCGACGUGGAGAUGAUGACGACUCGAAAGAGGAGAAGAAAAAGAAGAAGGCUGCAGACGCUACGACCGAGGGCAAGCAAGGUGUAUACCGUAGAAGCUCAAUGAGCAGAGCGGAGAGCUAUCAAGUAGCAACGGAUGGACCGAAUCUGUUUCUGCACCCUGAGCUGGACAGCCCCAGCAAGAAACGACCGUUCCUCUAUGGGGACGAAGACGAAGAGGAAAGCGUGUUCCUUGAUCCUGAAGAGCAGCGGGAGAGAUUACGACGUCCGAAACGACAGCGAAAGCCUCGCCAUGGGACCAAGAAGGACAAAGGCAAGAAGAAACUAGAGGGCCUGAAGAAAGAAAUCGAUGUGGACUUUCACACGGUCGAGCUGAGUGUGCUGGUGGACAGGUUCAGUACCGAUGUAGUGAGAGGCAUGACUUCGGAGCGCGCUGAGCAACGCCUGCUGGAGGACGGUCCGAACGCGUUGACGCCUCCGCCAGCCACACCAGAGUGGAAGAAAUUCCUGGCGGCGAUGUUCGGCGAUGGAUUCUCGCUGUUGCUGUGGUUUGGCAGCGUCUUGUGUUUCUUUGCUUACAUCAUUACAGUAGCAAUAUCGGAUGAAGAAGCACCACGAGACAAUCUGUACUUGGGCAGUGUGCUGGGUGGCGUUGUCAUUAUCACUGGAUUCUUCUCCUAUUUUCAAGAGUCGAAAAGUUCCAAAAUCAUGGAUAGCUUCAAGAAAAUGGUGCCGCCGACUGCAAUGGUGAUCCGUGACGGCAAAACCAAGCCAAUACAGGCCGCAAACUUAGUGGUGGGUGAUGUUGUGGAGGUGAAGUUUGGCGAUCGGAUACCUGGCGACAUUCGCAUCCUGGAGUCGUCCGGCCUGAAGGUGGACAACUCGUCACUGACUGGUGAGUCCGAGCCGCAGUCACGCAUCCCGGAAUGCACGCACAAGAACCCACUGGAAACCAAGAACCUGGCGUUCUACUCGACCAACGCGCUCGAAGGCACCGCCAGGGGUAUGAUUGUGCAGGUCGGUGACAUGACUGUCGUCGGCCGUAUUGCUAAUCUGGCCAGCGGCGUGGACAGCGGGCCAACGCCGAUAUCCAUUGAGAUUGCGCAUUUCAUACACAUCAUCUCGGCAGUGGCCAUCUUCCUCGGCGUCACGUUCUUCAUCAUUGCCAUGGCACUGGACUACUACUGGCUGGAUGCAGUCAUAUUCUUGAUCGGCAUCAUUGUGGCCAAUGUACCCGAGGGUCUACUGGCAACAGUGACCGUCUGUCUGACUCUGACAGCUAAGAGAAUGGCCGCGAAGAACUGCUUGGUGCGUAACCUGGAGGCCGUGGAGACGCUGGGCUCGACGUCUUGCAUCUGCUCCGAUAAGACGGGCACGCUGACGCAGAACCGCAUGACCGUGGCACACAUGUUCUACGACAUGAAGAUGUACGAGGCGGACACGAGCGACGACCAGUCGCAUGGAACGCCGGACAAGGCCUCUCCAACCUGGUGGGCGCUGGCACACGUCGCCGGACUGUGCAACCGAGCCACGUUUGGCGAGGGCCAGGAAGCCGACCCCAUCAUGUCCAGAGUGUGCAACGGUGAUGCGUCCGAGUCGGCGCUACUGAAAUGCAUUGAGCUGAGCUGGGGAAAAGUCGAGCAGCUGAGAGAGAACAAUCCGAAAAUUGCUGAGAUCCCGUUCAACUCGGCCAACAAGUACCAGAUCAGCAUCCAUGAUCAGAAAAGCAAGCCGUCCUACCUGCUGGUGAUGAAGGGCGCACCGGAGCGCAUCAUGGACCGCUGCAGCAAGGUCAUGGUGCGCGGCAAGGAACAGCCGCUCACGCCAGAGUACCGUGCGCAGUGCGACAAAGCCUGCGAAGACCUUGGCGGACUAGGAGAGCGCGUGCUGGGCUUCUGUCACCUGUUCUUGGACCCGGAGCAGUACCCACCGGGAUUCGAAUUCAACACGGACGUGGUCAACUUCCCAAUGGAGGAUCUGUGCUUUGUUGGCCUAAUGGCCAUGGUCGAUCCACCCAGGGAUGCCGUGCCAGAUGCCGUGAAGAAGUGCCGUACGGCCGGCAUCAAGGUUAUCAUGGUGACGGGAGAUUACCCGGUUACAGCAGCUGCCAUCGCCCGGCAAGUGGGCAUCAUAUCGGACAACUCCGAGACCGCGGAAGACAUUGCCCGGCGUGAGAAUGUGCCAGUAUCCAGUAUCAACCCCAAGCGUGCUAAGGCAGCCGUCGUCCAUGGCUCUACUCUCAGAGACAUGCCACCGGAGAAGCUGGACAGGAUCUUGAAGACGCAUCAGGAGAUCGUCUUUGCGCGCACAUCGCCGCAGCAGAAGCUGCUGAUCGUGGAGGGUUGCCAACGACUUGGCCAUGUCGUCGCGGUCACCGGUGAUGGUGUCAACGACUCUCCGGCGCUAAAACGAGCUGACAUUGGCGUUGCCAUGGGAAUUGCAGGAUCAGAUGUGUCCAAACAGGCAGCCGACAUGAUCCUGAUGGACGACAACUUUGCAUCUAUUGUGACUGGCGUUGAAGAGGGUCGUAUCAUCUUCGACAACCUGAAGAAGUCCAUUGCGUACACGCUGACAUCCAACAUUCCCGAGAUCUCCCCGUUCCUUCUGUUCAUCAUCGCCAGUAUACCAUUGCCGCUGGGAACCAUUACAAUUCUCUUCAUCGAUCUGGGAACAGACAUGGUCCCUGCCAUUUCACUGGCCUACGAGCAAGCCGAGUCGGACAUCAUGAGUCGUAAGCCGCGUGACGCUAAGCAGGAUCGACUUGUCAACCAGCGCUUGAUCAGCCUGGCUUACGGUCAAAUUGGCAUGAUUCAAGCGGCAGCGGGCUUCUUCACCUACUUUGUUGUGAUGGCCGAGAAUGGCUUUUUGCCCGGCAAGCUGGUGGGCUUGCGCGCUGAUUGGGAUAAUCGUGACAAUCUGAUGGUCGAGGACAGCUAUGGGCAGCAAUGGACAUACGAUACGCGCAAGAAGCUGGAAUACACCUGCCACACGGCGUUCUUCGUCAGCAUUGUGAUCGUGCAGUGGGCUGACCUGCUCAUCUCCAAGACCCGCCGCAACUCACUCUUCCAGCAGGGCAUGCGUAAUCACAUGCUGACGUUCGGCCUCUUCUUCGAGACGGCAGUGGCAUGCCUGUUCGCCUACACGCCGGGCUUGGGGACGGCCCUUCGCACGUACCCGCUUCGUGGCACCUGGUGGCUGGCUGCUAUGCCCUUCAGCUUGGCGAUCUUCAUCUAUGAUGAGUGCAGAAAGUACAUGUUACGCAAGCAGCCGCCUGGUGGCUUCUUCGAGCGUGAGACAUACUACUAGAGUCAGCUAGCUCCAUCCCAUCACACAUCUCUCUCUCCAGAAAAUGUCUGCAUUUCAGCCCAAAAAAUGAAGUGCUAUUAUGCCAGGACGGUAUUUAUCCUCAUGAUUCUUUAUGUACGUGUCCCGUGACGUUGGUCUUUCUUGCUAGGUGUAAUUUUCCAAAGUAGCCUGGAUCUGAAUCGAGCUCAGCGUUGACUGCGUACUAGUUCAAGUUACUAAUAGCGUAUAACCUGCUGAAAAAAAUCAUUAUAAACAUGCCGCCUAUUGCCGUUAUUUCCAUUGCCAGAGACAAUGUAGGGUAUCUAUUUUCUUUUGUCUCUCUGAUUAUCUACUGGCCAAGGAUAUGGUCAUCUAAAUUAUUGAACGAGACUGGUGGUGCAAUGUCUUCACACGGAACUUUGCCAAUAUAGCACAUACAGUACAAAGUCAAAUGGAGUCGCUUUUCCAAGAAUGUAAUUAAUUGCACUUGCAGGUCAGUCUCAUGCAUUCCUAAACUCUACACAUGUAA